UUCCGGCCAGCCGCCAUGUUGCUGCGGGGGGCGGCCGGGCUGCGCCGGGGGAUGGGGAACAGACAGCCUGUCUCCGUUGCACUGUCAAGCACUGACGCUGCCAACCAAAUCCAGGAGAUUAUUUCAGAGAACUGCGUGGUGAUUUUCUCUAAAACAACGUGCUUCUACUGCAAUAAGGCAAAAAAGCUUUUUGAGCACAUGAACGUGAAUUACACAGCUGUAGAACUGGACUUGAAUGAAAACGGAAGCCAGAUACAAGAUGUUCUUGAACAGAUGACUGGUGGCAGAACAGUCCCAAGAGUGUUUGUUAAUGGGACUUUUGUUGGAGGUGCUACAGAUACUCAAAGACUUCACGAAGAAGGCAAGCUACUUCCAUUGAUUCAUCAAUGUCAGCUGAAAGGAAAAUCCUGAACCAGCAUCUAGCCUAGCUUAGCUCUUCCUUUAUAUAAAACAGGUAAAAAUUCAGACAAGUUAAAAAGAUUGCCAAGACACGCUGCAUCAGCUGGGGUUAACCGCUUCAAGCCAAGAAUUUCUGAAUCUCAGAUCGUUCUCUGACACAGGCUUUAUGGAACUGACAAAUUACUUGGUUACCUUGCCUCAGCUUUUCCACAAUCAUUAUGUACCUCUUGGAACUCCAAGUGUAUUCUAAUGAUGUCAUUUUAUUGGUGUUGCAUUGGUGGUAGAGUUAAGGUUUUUGAAGAAUCCUGUUGUCUUUUUCCUGCAAAUAAGAUUGCUUUCUAGUCUCAUUCUACCACAGUUACAAUACACGGUCAAUUUAAUGGCUUUGUUAAAUUUUAAAUGUCAAAUUGCAAUCAAAGAAAGUACAAAGCAUCACGUUUGUAGUGAUGUUGCUGCAUGUCAAGUGUCUUACUGUUGUUCAUUUGUUACUUCUACACUACUUGUACUAGUUUGAUUUUUUUGCCUGUUAUUAAAAGCAGUACCUAAUGGC